GGACGACAGGCUCCAGCGUAGCAGCGCCUACCCGCCGCCGCUCCACCCGCCGUGACGGCGCCCACCGCGCUCACCAGGUAGCGCCGCGCGCGCUGCUGGCCGCGCGGACAGCACCGGCGAGCAUGCUGCACGCGGAGCAGGUCAGCGCGCCGUUCCCCCCCUUUUCCCAUGCCUUUCCGCCUUGCGCAUGCAUGUCCGCCUUUCCCCUGCCUUUCCGCCUUGCCCAUGCAUUUCCGCCUUCCCCAUGCCUUUCCGCCUUCCCCAUGCCUUUCCGCCUUGCGCAUGCCUUUCCGCCUUGCGCAUGCCUUUCCGCCUUGCGCAUGCCUUUCCGCCUUUCCCAUGCAUUCCCGCCUUGCGCAUGCCUUUCCCCCUCUGCUCAUGCCGUUCUCCCUGCCCAUGCCUUUUCCCCUCUGCUCAUGCCGUUCUCCCUGCCCAUGCCUUUCCCCCUCUGCUCAUGCGUUGCCCCCUUUGCCCAUGCUUUGCCCCGUUUGCUCGUGCCGUCCGUUCCGUCCGCCAUGUCAGGGAGAUGGCGGGGGAGGGAGUCGCCACCUCCAUCGAGCUCACCAACUGCCGGCCACGACAUGGUGCCACUACGAAUUGCAGGUCCUGCUGACGUGGCAACAAGUGCUGACGUGGCAUGCUCUCUUGACAGGAGGCUGGCCAUGCCGCCCUGA